AGCUACAUCUUCAGUUCAAAGGGGUGAACAGCGUUUCUGGAAGUUGUGCGAGAGAGUUGACCACAGUGAAAUAACUGAAAAUAUAUAAGGAGUGAGAAACAGCGCCCGAGGAUCGCCAUUCAACAUCCAUAGGCGGCCUACGGUGUUUUUGAGUAUAAAUGGCUGGCAGAGGUGCAAACGGUCGUCAUGGGUUGCGGGGCCACGCAGGGAGAACCGCAGCUCUAGCCCGGCUUCUUCAUAAGGAAUGCGUUCAACUCCUGGAGGCAUACAGAAACAGUGAAUCACUGCCGUCCUCACCGGUUGCCGGAGAUUAUUUAGUAUCCAUUCCUCCGUUGGUUCCUCAGCUGUCAGAUACAGAAAAAAUAUCUAUCCUGCACGCUGCACUCAAGGAGUGUCUGCGACUUCUGGAAGAUGUCAUUACCCGGGAGGACGCAGAUUUUUCCGAUGAAGACAGCGAGUAUAGGAGAAAACGGAAAACUGUGAGGGAUCGUCUGGUACACCUGUUGGCAAGCACAGGGCAGCUACUAGUGGAUGGCCAGAAAUUUGAAGCUGAAGUUAAAGAGGAGCUGGAUGGUCAGGUGGCCGGUGGGAGUUUCGGUCUGAAGAUGUGGAUUGUGCGAGUGCUGCAGGACCUCGUGCACUGGACUGGCCAAACAUCAGAUACCCUCCACUCUCUGCCAGCAGAAAUGGAGAAAACACCAAAGACAAUGUCCCGAAGGACAAGGAAAGGAGGCGCCGGGAAAAUAAGGAAGUGAGACUUAGAUAUGUGACUAAAGAGAACAUAAGAAAGAGAGUUAAAGGGUGGAGCGGAAGAGGACCGUAUGAUAAGAAUGAGGUAAAGGAAUUUCAUUACAGCAUGGAGAAUGUAGAGAGUCAGAGGAUCUGGAUGCAGUCACUGGAAUUCAGCCUUCCCGCAUGUGGAAAGCAGGAGGGGUGGGUCUGAACAAGAUAUUAUUUUAUGAAAAGUUAUUUUAAUAUAUUUCUACUUUUAAAUAAGAUGUUAAACUGUAGCAAAAAUGUAAAUACCUUUGAAUAUUAAUCAAAACUCUUACAUGUACUGUAUGGUUUAUUACCUUUUAAGAUUGUUGACCUUUAGAUUGUUAAGCAUUAACAGACACUGCAAACUUUUUUGUGAUCAUGAUGAUCAAAGAAACUCCAAAGUUGGAUAAUAUCUCAUUUUUUGUUUGUAUAUAAAAAAAAAUACUGUAUGCAUUUAUUUGCAUUUAUAAAGGAUAGUUCAAACAAAAACAUUUAAAUUCUGUCAUCAUUAACUCACCCUCA